AACCACGCACGAGUCAACAAGUUGGAAACUCUCUCUCCUUCCUAAUAGUAGUUUUCAAUCCACUUUUUAUUUUAUUAAUUAAACGCACCACAACCAUUUCUUUUAUAAAACCUCUUCUUCCUCUUACUCCGUCUCUCUCAAGUCUCCCAAAUUACAUUCUCUCUCUUUUUUCAUUACAUUUCCUUCUUGUAUGAUGCCACAAGUCGAUUUGGAAACACUAGUUUCCGCCUGUGCUGGAGGCUCUAUGGAUCGGAAAAUCGCAUGCGAGACCCUCGCCGACGGCGAAAAACAGCCGGAGGAAGAUUCUGGUCAACCGGAAGUUCCGCCUGAUUUCCCGCCGGAAUCUUUCUGGUUAUCCAGAGACGCCGAGCUCGAUUGGUUCGACCGCAACGCUUUCUUCGAACGGAAAGAAUCGACUAAAGGAUCCAAUUCAACUAAUUUGAAUCCGAAUAUCAAUCCGAGUUCUAACUCGAAUUCUCAGCGGUUUUCCAUGAAUUUAAAAUCAAAGGCCGCGAUUAUUGGCCUACCGAAGCCUCAGAAAACUUACGUCGACACGAAGAAUCUGAAGCAUUGCAAGGCAGGGAAUAUCCAUCUGUUUCCGAAACGUUCCGUGUCUUCGGGAAAAUCGGACUCUGCGAUGGUCGAACCGUCUUCGCCUAAGGUUUCGUGUAUGGGACGUGUGAGAUCCAAGAGAGACCGUAAGCGCCGGAUGAGAAAGAACCGCCACAGACAGUCUGAACCGGCCAAGCAAAAAACCGUACCGGAAGAGAGACGGAAAUCGGGAUUUCUCGCUAGUUUCCGAGCCAUUUUCCUUUCCGCAGGCCGAAGAAAGCGGACGCAUGAGGUCGAACCGAAACCGGCCGAUUUGUCUGAAUCACCACCGAGGCAGAGCAUGUCGAGGAGAGGGCGCGAGUUUUUGGAGGUGGAUAUCGACGUUCCUUCGUCGAAUUCGCUAGGGAGGAAAAGCGUGGAGAGUGAACCGCCGAGCCUGGGAGGCAUGAACCGGUUCGCGUCUGGUAGGAGAUCGGAAUCUUGGGCGGUUGAGGCUGGAGGAGGGUUGGUGUAAAAACACCAGAGUCGUUGGAAAAUCGUUUCCAUAUGGCGACGUCGAGAAAUGGGCCCACCGUAGCAGGCAUGUUUUCGGUCUUGAUAGGCGGUCCCGGUGGGGUCCAUCUCGGUUUAAAUUGUCGUUGGGAUGACGUGGCACGUUGAAUAACGGUUCCUACACGCUGGGUAAAAAAAAACAGGUAAAAAGAACAACCAGGAUUUUUACGUUUACAUUUGUUUCACUUUUUUUUCUUUUUCUUUUUUGCCCCUUCAAUUAGAAAAAAGAAAAAACACAAAAAAAAAAAAAAACAAAAAAAAAAGCACGAGGUUUGUAAAUAGGUUAGUUGGGAGUGAACGAAUUAGUUGUAAAUUUUUUUUUUUUGGUUUAAUUUCGGAUUCUGAAUUCUGAUAGAAACCGUAUUUACAUUAAA